CCAGCGUUUUAAGCCUUGCCCCACGCUGCCUUAUGGAUCUAACUUAGCAGGGCGCUGCUUUCGCGCGGAUUUGCCGUCCCGACACGACUUCAGAUGCAUGCCAGGUUCCUGGUGAAUGCCAGAAGUAGAGAUCACUACAGAUGGAGUCCCAAGGUCAACAUGGCAAUGGCAGUUCAUUAGUUGUCCUUCAGCAGCCUUCUUUGGAUAGCAGGCAAAGGGUAGACUAUGAAAGAGAGGUCCAGCCAACAGCGAUCUUGUCCCUGGAUCAGAUCAAGACCAUCAGGGGCAGCAACGAGUACACUGAAGGCCCAUCUGUGGUGAAAAAGUCUGCUCCACGGACAGCGCCUAGGCAAGAAAAGCAUGAACGGACUCAUGAAAUCAUACCGAUUAAUGUGAAUAAUAAUUAUGAGCACAGACCCAGCCACCCCAGUCACUUGCUGCAUCAACAUAACUCACGGGCUCCUGUGUUGAGCAGAUCUACGAGCACUGGGAGCGCAGCUAGUUCUGGAAGCAACAGCAGCGCAUCUUCAGAGCAGGGCCUGCUGCUAAGGUUACCCCCAUCUAGGCCGGGGCCAGGCCACAGAUCUGAGAGGCCUAUCUGGACGCAGCCCAAGCCGUCAUCUCUGAUUGUGGAUGACCUGACAGGUCCCUUGAAAGAGGACUUGACACAGUACAAAUUUAUCUGUGAACAGUGCGGGAAGUGCAAAUGUGGAGAGUGCACAGCGCCCAGGGCCUUGCCAUCCUGCUUGGCCUGCAACAGGCAGUGCUUGUGCUCAGCAGAGAGCAUGGUGGAAUACAGCACCUGUAUGUGCCUGGUCAAAGGGAUCUUCUACCACUGUUCCAAUGAUGAUGAAGGGGACUCUUAUGCGGAUAAUCCUUGCUCUUGUUCCCAGUCACAUUGCUGGUCUAGGUACUUAUGCAUGGGAGCCCUAUCCUUGGUUUUGCCUUGUUUGCUCUGCUACCCUCCUGCAAAAGGAUGCCUAAAACUGUGCCGAGGGUGUUAUGACCGGAUCAAUCGUCCAGGUUGCCGAUGUAAGAACUCCAACACGGUUUAUUGUAAGCUGGAAAGUUGCCCCUCUCGGGGUCAAGACAAGCCCUCAUGAUUUACGGAGGGAGAUGUUCAGUUCUUCAAACUCUUUCAGGUUGUGGCUGGCUUUUCUGUCUUGAUUUUUCCACCAACCCUCCCCCCCCCAUUAUUUUCCAUUCUUCCUCUAAUGUUCUUUCUUUCCUACACUGUAGUUUCUCUCAGCAAGGGCAAAUCUGAGUGUUUCCUUGAUCUUUGGCAAAUGUGGCCCACAUACUUGCAUAUCUCAG